AUGGGAAGUGUGCAGCAGCAAACUCAGCAGUCCGGAAGGAGUAACCGCAUCAUAGCUGUUGAAGGAACUCCACCCUCCAUUACAAGUUACAACAACAAAGAACAUGAUCACGAGUCUCAAAUGCACCAGAAAUCUGGAUGGAGAAACUUUCUAUCUUAUGUAGGCCCUGGGUUCCUUGUAUCUUUGGCUUAUCUUGAUCCAGGGAAUUUGGAAACUGAUUUGCAAGCUGGAGCUAACCACAGAUAUGAGCUAUUGUGGGUAAUCCUUAUUGGAUUGAUCUUUGCUCUUAUAAUUCAAUCACUUGCAGCAAAUCUUGGUGUAAGCACUGGCAAGCACUUAUCAGAGUUAUGUAAGGCGGAGUACCCAAAAUAUAUCAAGUAUUGCCUGUGGUUGCUGGCUGAGGUUGCUGUCAUAGCGGCUGAUAUUCCUGAAGUGAUUGGGACAGCAUUUGCACUAAAUAUAUUGUUCCAUAUCCCAGUUUGGGUUGGGGUUCUCCUCACUGGUUUGAGCACUCUCCUGCUUCUUGGCCUCCAGAGAUAUGGGGUGAGGAAGCUAGAAAUGUUGAUAGCAGUGUUGGUGUUCGUGAUGGCUGCAUGUUUCUUUGGAGAAAUGAGUUACGUGAAUCCUCCAGCAAAAGAUGUACUCAAAGGAAUGUUUGUCCCUAAGCUCAGUGGUCAAGGUGCCACCGGUGACGCCAUCGCUCUCCUCGGUGCCCUCGUCAUGCCCCAUAAUCUUUUCCUCCACUCAGCUCUUGUACUCUCUCGGAAGAUACCCAACUCGGUCCGAGGCAUCAAUGAUGCGUGUCGAUACUUCUUAAUAGAGAGUGGAUUCGCACUCUUUGUAGCUUUUUUAAUCAAUGUCUCUGUUAUAUCUGUCUCGGGUACUGUUUGCUCAGCCAAGAACCUCACCAAAGAAACCGUGGAUCAAUGCAAUAAUCUCAACCUCAACUCUGCUUCUUUUCUUCUCAAGAAUGUCUUAGGAAAAUCGAGCUCUACUGUUUAUGCCAUUGCAUUACUAGCCUCCGGCCAGAGUUCCACAAUCACAGGCACUUAUGCGGGACAAUUUAUCAUGCAGGGUUUCUUGGACCUUAAAAUGAGGAAAUGGUUGAGGAAUCUCAUGACUAGGUGCAUUGCCAUUACACCUAGUCUCAUUGUUUCGAUUAUUGGUGGAUCUCAAGGAGCUGGCCGACUCAUUAUCAUCGCAUCGAUGAUACUCUCAUUUGAACUUCCAUUUGCUCUCAUCCCACUUCUUAAAUUCAGUAGCGGUAGCACCAAAAUGGGACCACACAAGAACUCCAUAUACAUCAUUGUGUUCUCAUGGAUACUGGGCCUCGGAAUCAUUGGCAUCAACAUAUAUUACUUGAGCACCAGCUUCGUCGGAUGGCUAAUUCACAGCAGUUUACCAAAAGCAGCAAAUAUAUUCAUUGGAAUUAUAGUGUUUCCACUCAUGGCAAUCUAUAUAUUGGCUGUUAUAUAUUUGAUGUUUCGAAAAGACACAGUAGUGACAUUCAUCGACCCAAAUGCCCAAUCGCACAUUGAGAAUGGGCAUGGCAACACGGAGGAGAUGACAGAAUUGGACCGCGUCCCUUACAGAGAAGAUUUGGCUGACAUUCCACUCCCUCAGUAG